ACUUUUUGCCAUGAGUAAGAUGGUUUGAGUUUUGAUCAUAGAGUCAGGGGAAAGGUUUGGGGUUUUUUCACUUACAAAGGCAAGAUCUUUCCUUGCAUGUUAAAGCUGAUUGGUAAAAAUAUCACAUUUUUACCAAGUGGGCCUCCACAACAUUUUGCUACGAUUAUCUAUGAUAAUCACAAUACUGACUUAUGUCAUAUGUUUGUGCAUUGAUAAGUGUGUUAGAAAUGUAUAAAAAAAAAGUAAUAAUUUUGAAAGAAAAUGGAGUGUGCAAAAAUAAAAAAUAAAAUAAAGAAAAGGAGGCGUGGCCAAUCGGACCCGGUUUGAGCCUCCAUCAUGUCUCCAAAAAGUGCUAUUAAAGUCUUCCUGGUUUCUUCAAUGGUUCUCAGGAGACAUUAAAUAUACAACAUCAAUUACUGAGCUUCUUCUUCUUCUCUCUCCUUUAAUGUAGAGAGAGAGAGGGAGAGAGAAGAAGAAGAAGACAGAGGUCCAAAACCCACAUGCUCCUCCUUUAUUACUCUCACUCUCGACCAUAUAGAAUGUCGGAUCUAGAGGCAAGAGUUUGAAGAUGUUGAAGUCAUGGGUUCUGUCCCUUUUCUUAGCUCUGCUCUUCUUUUUCCCCUGCAUUUCACUUGCUUCUUCCUCCAAUGAAUUUACUGACAUUGAAGUCGCUGACCAGGAACGAGGUUCCGUGGCUUCGGCCAAAUCCAAGGACUUGAAGGAGGCUAGCCACAGAGGCGAGAUCAAUGUGGAGGAUUAUGGUACGGUCGACCCGUCUCCUACGACCAAAGCUUCAAUCAGGCCAGGACCUAUACAGCACGGCAGCCCUAUCAACCCGUAUAUCCCGAAGCCGCCUACUCCUCCUCCGGCUAAUCCUGAAGAUGGCGGAUAAGAUGCCUUUCGGCCUAAGCUUGGGUUUGAAUGCCUCUAUUUGCUCCACCGUCUCUGUGUGUGUGUGUGUGUGUUCGCGCUUGCUCUAGGGUUUCUUCGUCUGUGUAAGUUGGUAGGAUGCUUGUAUUUUCCCAUCUUCAAGUGCUUUUUAUAUGGACCACCUGUAUGCAUAUAUCAUUAGAACUAGAUGUUGUUUUUGUUGAAUGAAAUA